GUCCAGAGCUAUUCCAAAACUCUUCUCUCUCUCUCUUCCACCUCUCUCACCACCGCCCACUUCGUUGAAUCGUUGUCCCCCUUCUCACUCCCCCGUUCUUUUAUAAAUGCUUUUAAAUCCUCCCUUCUAAGCAAAAUUCAUUAGUCUACAUACAUCAUCAUCUUCUUCUUCGUAAAAUUUGAGAGAGAGAGAGAGAGAGAGAGAGAGAGAGAGGUUUUGGGACAGAUGGGGAAGAUGGCGUACUUGGCGAUGGAGUCGGAUCAGGUGUACGGCGAUCUGAUCGAGUCGGAUCUCAAGGAGAUCGGCGUCGCCGCGCGGAGGCUCGCUAACCACGCUUUCCGCCUCGGCAGCGGCCUCGGCUUCGGCACCACCUUCCUCAAAUUCCUCGCCUCCUUCGCCGCAAUAUACCUCUUGAUAUUGGAUCGGACGAACUGGAGGACGAACAUGCUGACUGGUCUUUUAAUUCCUUACAUUUUCUUCACCCUUCCCUCAGUACUCUUCUCUUUCUUUAGAGGGGAGGUUGGGAAAUGGAUUGCAUUAAUUGUUGUUGUACUGCGACUCUUCUUUCCUCGGCACUUCCCAGAUUGGUUGGAGAUGCCCGGUGCACUGAUCCUUCUUCUUGUGGUCGCCCCCAACUUCUUUGCCCACACUAUUCGCGACCACUUGGUCGGCGUUUUCAUAUGCUUGUUCAUCGGCUGCUACCUCCUUCAAGAGCACAUCCGGGCCUCUGGCGGCUUCAGAAAUGCAUUCACAAAGAGUCAUGGCGUGUCAAACACUAUUGGUAUCAUCCUCCUGUUCGCGUACCCUGUUUGGCGCUUGGUGCUGUAUUUCCUUUAAAGCCAUUUCCAAUCCCUACUGUCAAUAAUGAUUUAGUAUAGUGUUUGCCAUUUGUCUCGACGCCGUGUUGAAGAUGCUGUGGAGUGUGUUAGUAUGUUCAUGGAACUUUGAAUUGUUGUUGAAUGUAUUACCAGUAAUUUGCUAUGGUGA